AAAAAACAAAAGUACCAACCAUGAACCCACUAACCAACUUCGAAAAACCGCUCUACUCGCGCCUCCCGGAACAUCCCGGCGUGUGGCACCCACACCGCUACCGUCCCCAACCCAUCCGUUCCGCAAUGGAGUCCGUCGAUCCGCACCUCCUCGACGGGUACGCCUUCACAAACCUCUACCUGGAAUCCCCCAGCGAACUCCCCGCCUUCAAGCACCCGGAAGCGGAACGCUACCAGGACUUUGUGACACGGAAAGGUUGGCCAACCGGAACGCUUGAACCGCUAAAGCGAGAUCUGUGCGAGCGGCGGAGCACGACCUACCGGCGGCACUACUGUCAGCUCGCGCCGGAGCUGGACUCGUUGCGCGUCCAGCGGAUGAAGAUUCGCGCCGGAAAGCAGACGGUUCAGCUGCCCGACGGGUGGAAGUGGGCGGAGACCAGUUCGGCGGCCACCCACCGAAGCUGGCAAGAUUUGAAGGCGCUAAUUGAAGCCGCACGCGAAACUAAAUUCAAUAGCCGUCAGAAACAAAGUGAAAUGUUCUAGACCCAGCGAAUCGGUACUUACUCCUGC